AUGAAGGCCCUGCUGAGAGAGAUCGAGUUAUUAAAACUCUUUGGAAGGGAGGGCCAUGAAAAUGUUGUUAAGUUCAUUGGUUGUGUCACAGUUGGAGGUAAUCAGCUAUUGUUAUGAUUAUAAUCAGCUAAUUCACAGCAACGAUAGAGACAUCUCUGAGUUCAACCACUGGUACAAUUACUUCUAUCAGUAUUUUUAGUCUUUGCUAAGAUGGUGUACUAAUUCAAUGGUUAUUUUCAAUUUUUUGACUUUUUUAAAUGAAUUUACUUCGCAUUGUAUGAGGGGCAUAUUACUUGGAAGAUGUUAGCUCUAAAAUCUACAUGCUAAUUGUGAUAAAAACUUCAACUUACGAUGGCAAGUCUUUGUCUAUUUAUCUGCCAUCUCUGUUUUUUCUGUCUGUCUGUCUGUAGAUUUCUACCGGCCGUAUUUGUCCGUCUAUUUUCUAUCUGUGUGUUUUCUUCUUUCACUUUCCCUCUCUGUCUCUACUUCGAUUCAUUACAGAUAUAACUUGAGGUAUGACCAGAUAAAGCAUGUACAAUUCAAACACGUGUUGGAACUUCUGCACUGCUUGCCGUAAAAUAAUUUUCUUGUUUUUCCCUUUUAGCUCAGCCAAUACUUAUCAUGGAGUACCUGUGGCGAGGUGACUUGCUGGGUUAUCUCAGAAAAUCCAGGGGGGUUUUCGACCAAUAUCAUCAUGGGGUCGGAAUUGUCGACCACUUGACAACAUAUGACAUGGUGCUGUUUGCUAAACAGAUCGCACAUGGUAUGACUUUCCUCGCGUCCAGAGGGGUAAGUGCUCAAACUCUUUCUGGUCAGCAUGUGGUCCUGCAUGUGAUAAAAUGGCAUGACUUGCAAAUCGCCAAAGUAAUACUCCAUACGGCUAAAAAUAUCCAGCACAUUAGAGUCACUAUUUCACAGAGAAAUGGUCUGACAUUAGCAUGACGUUAAACUUUCUACCUAUAUUUUACUUUUUUAUUUUAUGUAGUUUAUAAAAGUCCCUUUUAGCAGAUCAUAUAAUAUUUGUUUUCGAUUUCAGAUAAUUCAUCGCGAUCUUGCAGCUCGUAACAUCCUUCUUGAUGAGCAUCGUGUCUGCAAGUUGACUGACUUUGGGCUCUCUUAUCAGGAUUUCAAAUACGGCCCAGGAAAUGCCAAGAAGGUAAUUUUCAGGAUUUUUUCAUCAUUUAGUCAAUUGGUUUUGGGGCUGCUGGUAUGGAAGAUAAAAAUGUGAAGAAUUAAAAUAUUACUGUCCUUAAAAACCUUUCUUUUCAGUUAUACAGUCUUACUGCAAAACAUAUUUCCCUUUAAUGGGAAGCCAUUCUAAGCGUAUCGAAGCUUUCACAGAAAAAAAAAGAAUGAACACAGGAAAUAAGAAAGCCGGAAGAGAUAUCGUUCUCUGAAUAACAAAGAUACAAACUCGAAGGGCAAAGUAACAGAAAAAUUUAAAGCAAAAGGAGUGUGUGAAUUGUUUUCAUAGAAUUUGUACAAAGGUGUCUACUGCUAUUGACUUUAUCGUGAAUCCUCACAUCACGGUUUUAAUCUGAUAUACAAAUUAUUUUAGGAGUUGUAUACAAGCCUCUUUAGAUUUCAGAUGUUUAUAAUAUUUUGGUUGCUCAUCCAGGGAUGUAUCCCAAUCAAAUGGACUGCACCCGAGAUUCUCUUUGGACAUGUGGAACAGCUGUCAACCAAAAGCGAUGUGUACGUACUGUAUUGGUUAUUAUCUACAUAUAUUCCUAGAGUGAAUAUUUUUUACGAUUCUACUUUAACGUAGCGAGGGAAACUAGAAUAUUCAGUGCUCUAUUGAUUACAGAGUCAUUAGGAAACGUCAAGCUGAGGUACAGCUGAGGUUACAGUUGUAGUAUGAGACUUUAUAUGAAUAUUAAGUUUAACGACCACUAUCCAAAAUCUGAUUAGGACAAGAAAAGACGGAUGAAAGGAUGAGUGAAUAAUCAAACUAAUAAAUAUGGCGUUUUCUCCUAGGGAGGUUGAUUAUAUCUUGAUGGCAUGUUUUUAAACAUCCCAAGUAUCUGAGUAAUUAUUAUCUUUCUAAUCCAGUUGAGAUAUAUCGUCAUCCUUCCAUUUCUUUGACAGGUGGUCCUACGGCAUCGUCUUGUAUGAAAUCUUCACUGUCGGUACUUAACUUAUUUGUUACUUUAUAUUCAGGAAAUAUACUUGCCGAAAUUGCACGCAUAAUUACUAACUGAUGAGUGAUACCGAGCGGGCAAAAGAGCAUUGUACAAUAGAGAAGUAGAAGCAACACUCAAUGGCGCUGAUAAAUAAAAUUAUGACGAUGCAUAGCAACUUGAAAUAAAGCUUAAGUUUAAGUAGAACUGAAAGUAUUUAGUACAUUAUUGAAAAACCUUAAAUCCAUCGCUACACUUAAAUUUGUUUUUUUUACAGUACUCUUUCAUCUGAUGUAAAACCGAAAUGUAUUUCAGCAAUUAAUUGUCGUUUUGACAGAAGAAUCUUUCGAUCGCGCUGAGAGGAAUGAAAGUGAUUACAACAAAAAAAGUGUCCUUUUUUGGCCAACAGAAAAAAACAUUAUUUUUCCACAGGAGGCAUUCCUUACGAUGGAUGGUCUCAAUCCACGACAAUGAAAAAAAUCGAAGAAGGUUAUCGUCUGCCAAAGCCUGAACAUAUCGACGACAGUUUGUAAGUGUUGCUUCCUCUGUAUGGGAUGUUAUAUAAGUCAAAAGCAACAUCGAUUGCUGCUGUGGUCAGGUGUUUUUGAUACACUCGCUCUGAAUAAGUAGCCUUCCUAAGAAAUUAAUUUUAUCUAAUCACUACAAAAAUUAAAAUGAAAAGUUGUUGAGUCAAAUAAAGAAUACGAUGGGUUUUUCAUCACAGAAUUCGUUUGAGCUGUAAUGUAAUGAGAUAAACUUAGCAUUUCAGUUAUUUUUGUAACUAGUUGUGGUUUCUCAACUUUGCUACUCGCAAUAUUAAUGCCUACUGCAGAAUUACUGAGAUCAUAUGUCCCUGUGUUUUUCUAUAGAUACGCGGUGAUGUUAAGCUGCUGGAAAUACGAAAGCGCCAGCCGGCCACACUUUGUGAAGCUCUACCAAACAAUGGAUACAUAUAUUAAAACAAAGGUUUGCCAUACAGCGUCUAAUUCAGUAUACACUUCAGAAAUUGAAAUUUGUAUCCUACCAAGUCAAUUGCGAAUUUCUUUUCACGUCAAUGUGAUGUCAAAACGCAUUAACUACCUAGCCGCUAACAAUUUGUGAAUUCAGUUUAAUUUCAUCAUGAGCCAAUGUUACUUUUAAACAUAUGCAAGUGUGGUUACGUUAUGUCAGUCUGGAUCAUCCUUAUUUUCCCUCUGUUGUUUACACACAAGAAAGAACGGAACAGAUCUUAAAAUAACACUUUUGGAAAACUUUGACAGAAAGGAAGACCAUACCUGACUUUCAAUUCAUGCAAGUACUAAUGGUUCUUGUCUUUGUGAUUGAUAUCUGAUCUGCUCUUUUUUUUCUUUUUAGUGACUCAUUUUUGGAAUUUCUUUGUUGAAUUUUUUAAAUUCAUUCGUUCAAGUUUUAUUAACUCCUGCAGUUCUUGAUUACCUUCUAAUCUUUUUCAUAGACAUAUGUAGAUAUCUUUGACGAUGACAAGUAUGAUCAGGAUAAGUACAACUUUGUCGAUGACCGUGGAGCUGUUGCAAACCCAGAAGAUGCAGGACCGGACGAGCAAGGAGCAGCUGCAGCGAAUCCCAUCGGUGAAGUGGGUGAACACGGUGCUACGGCACAUCCCUUUCUGGUUGCAGUGGACGAUGAUGCUACAGCUUUCCCUCUUGGAAUUAACGUAGGAGACGAAGGAGCACCUGCAACAGAUCCCGACCGUGAAGUGGGUGAACACGGUGCUACGGCACAUCCCUUUGUGAUUGCAAUAAACGAUGGUGCUCAAGCUUUCCCUUUCGCUAUUAACGUACCAGAGAAAGGGGCAGCUGCAGCAAAUCUCUCCCAUAAAGUGGGUAAGCACGGUGCUGCUGCACAUCCCUUUGUGAUUGCAAUUGAUGAUGGUGCUACAGCUUUCCCUUUCGCUAUUAACGUACCAGAGGAAGGAGCAGCUGCAGCAAAUCUCGCCCAUGAAGUGGGUAAGCACGGUGCUAUUACACAUCCCUUUGUGGUUGCAAUUGACGAUGGUGCUACAGCUUUCCCCCUCGCUAUUAACUUACAAGACAAAGGGGCAGCUGCAGGAAAUCUCGCCCGUGAAGUGGGUAAGCACGGUGCUACCGCACAUCCCUCUAUGGUUGGAAUUGACAAUGGUGCUACAGCUUUCCCUCUCGGAAUCAAAGUAGAAGAAGAAGGUUGCGCAGCAUACCCUUUUGAGAGUGAUAAGAAAGAUAUAGAUGCCCAAGCGUACCCUUUGGAGAGUGAUACUUUACCAUACCUUAGCGAGAACGAGGAAGAAGAUGUUGAUGACUCCGAGUGCCCUCUUGCGAUUGAGGAAAAAGAAAUUGAUCCUUUACCAUCCUCCCUGGUGAUGGACGAAGACGGUCUAGCUGCUUCAGCAUGUCCCCUUGUGACUGACGAAGAAAAUUCUGAUUCUCUAGCAUGCCCCCAUGUGGUUGAGGAAGAAGAUUCCAAUAACUCAGCAUGCUCCCCGGUACUUGGGGAAGAAGAUUUGGAAGCCACAGAAUGCCUUUCUGUUACUGAAAAAGAAGAUCCAACCUCUUUCGCACGCUCCGCAAAUGAGGCGAACAAACCCGAUGCCUCACCAUUCCCUCGUGUGAUUGAAGAGGAAGAUCUUGAUUCUUUAGAAUACAAUCCUCUGAUCGAAAAAGAAGGCGUCAGUGAUUUCGUGUUCCCUCCAGAAAAUCAAAUUAAUGACGAAAAAGGUGUAACAAGUGAACCUGAAAAUACCGUUGGUUAUGAAGGUGCUGUAGCAGUUCAAUCUGAAAAGGAGGCAGGCGAAGAAGAACCUAAGACUUGCCUACUAGAGUACACGAAGGAUGAACAAGACGAUCUUGGAAACUAUAUGGACGACCAAAGUGAUGCUUUAGACCUUUUUGACGGAGACGCUGGCUUACAAGAGUAUGAUGCUAAUCAACUUACUGCUGCGGAUAUAGACGAAACUGGAAGUGACGAAGACGAGGAAUCAUCUGAAGCAACUCCUCUUGUGCAGGACUGA